GAGUAAGAGAUUACAUUCAUGUCUGUGAUCUGGCGACAGGUCAUGUGGCAGCACUCCGAAAGUUAAAAACAAAACCCGGUUGUGUAGCUUAUAAUCUUGGUACAGGUGUUGGAUACUCUGUUUUAGAAAUAAUUCAGGCCAUGUCAAGAGCAUGUUGUAAAGAGAUUCCUUACGAAAUUACAAAGAGACGUCCUGGCGACAUUGCAGUCGUGACAGCAGACGCACGUCUGGCAAACGCUGAAUUAGGUUGGUACCCAAAGUUUAGCCUAGAUCAGAUGUGUCAAGAUCUUUGGCGCUGGAUUGAUUCCAAUCCAUUAGGAUAUCCAGAACCAUCCAACGAAGCAAAACAAACUUUAUAUCAGAUGUCAAAUUGA